AUGCCUACUCGCAAGAACGUUACCGGGGGUACCGUACGCGAGCUAUUUCAACACGACAAGAUUGUCGAGAUGCGAGACUUAGCCAAGCUUGCAGUCUGGGUGCACAACUACACCUUCGACAGCGCAAACAAGACGACAGCGACUUUGGUCGUUGCAGCAUUAGGCGGUGACAUUAGGGAUGGUAUUACAACCACGAACAUGCCGAGAAAGGUGAAGACUGCCAGUAUCACCAGUAUCGCGUGCGAUGUCGCUGUGGAAAUGAUGGAAGAUACGCUCACCGUGGGUAACGCACCCGGUCCCGCCGUAUUGAUCAACGCGAUGACCAACAUCUCUGUCGUAGGACAAGGCAGACCACCAGACAAAAGAUACAUAGGCAAGAUGAAUGAAUUGGCGCUUUGGUUUGCCGUAGCCCCUGUCGCCAACGGCGAAUGUGUGUGCGGCACUCAGCUAAUGUACACAUAUAAACCCAGGUGGAUACCAGAACGAUAUACAUCGACUCAUUAUGGUAGCAACAGCGGUUGGACGAAUAAUUACAUUAAAAAGUUCAUCAGGGUUUCGACGGGCGCAUCCAUACUUGGCGAAGUCGACGAGUGGGUCUAUCCUGAUCCUGAAAAGCCAAAGAAGGCGGCAACCGCUCAGUUCCCGUCGUACUUCCCUGUCAUCAAGAUGGAUCCAAGCAAAUCGAUCUUUUUGAUCAUCUUACCGCUUGUUAUCGUUGGUUGUGGUUCACUCUUGAUGUUAUGGAAUGUCAAGAUGCACAAGUGCAUGGCAAUUCCAAUCAUGCGCAACGCAACCUUGGGAGAAAUCAUCAAGAGCAGCCACACCGAGGAUGUCCUUGGUCCAGCAGCGAUCGAUCAUCAAGACGCCACAAAGCCCUCGAGUCUAGAGAAGCUGGAAGUGAGAUUCAAGAUGGGUGAUACUACACUAUGGGGUCUACACAAUGCGAAAGGACAGUCAUUGCUCACUGAAAGAGCAUCAUGA